AUGUCGAGCACUACAGUCAUUACGCCCGGUACAAUCACACGAGAGAAGAACGAAAAUGGCGAGCCUCUAUAUCCCGAUUACAUGCGUAAUCCAACAGCAUUCUACGAUCCUCUUGAGAAGGUAGAGGAUAUCGGUGCUUUCGACCAUUUCGAUCCUGGUCACCGCGCUGAUCCCAAGCUGCCCAAUCUUCUAAAGAAUGCGACCAAGGUCUGGGAAUUAUCUCCUCACGUGGGAACUGAGAUCCACGGAGUUCAGCUCUCUCAACUAGACAGCGCUGGUUUGGAUGAGCUCGCUCUCCUUGCUGCGCAGAGAGGUGCCUUGGUAUUCCGCGAUCAAGACUUUGUGGAUAUUGGCUUCGAGGCACAAAAGAAAAUUGUCCGCCAUUUCGGCCCUCUGCAUAUUCACGGCUGGGCCCCCCAUCCUGCUGCGGGAUCUGAAGAGCACAUGAUUAUCUACGAUCAUAAAGAUGACCUCCGAGUGCGUCAAUCUUGGGCCGGCCGUAGCCCAGUCCAAUGGCACACAGAUCAGAGUCCCGAGCAACAGCCCCCUGGAACCACUUUCAUUGCUAUGCUCGAGUCCCCAACAACCGCUGGAGGAGACACUCUUGUGAGUUCAAGCGUAAGGGCAUACAGCAGUUUGUCGCCUCGCUUCAGAAAGCGCCUCGAAGGCUUGACAGCUAUUCACACCAACAAUGACGGCGUCAGCCAAGAGCUCAAACAUGGCCAAAAAGCCGUUAUGCGGCGCGGAGUGCUUCAAGCUGAACACCCCGUUGUACUUGUUCACCCGGUUACAAAGCAGAAAGCCCUUUAUGUAAACCCUGUUUACACAAAAAAGAUCGUUGGUUUCGAGCAGGAAGAGUCAGACUGCAUCCUCAAGUUCCUUUUUGAUCACAUCGCCAAACGCCAGGAUUUCUCUUGUCGGAUCCGGUAUGAAGCUGGCACCGUGCUCGUAUGGGACCAACGAGUCACCAAUCACUCGCAGACUCUUGACUACCCCAUUGGAGAUCGUAGACACGGUUUUAGGUUAACUCCCCUGGCAAACAAACCAAUCCCGGCCAAGAUUGAAGAGGAUGGUGAGGGCAAUUAG